AUGGCGGAGGAGGACAAUAUCAGGAUGAGGGUGUAUUUUUACCAUCAUUAUUUAAAGAGCCAACUGACUUUUUUAACUGACCCUGAUGAAAUUCUAACAGUUUCAAAUACCUGCUUGAACAAAGCGUACUUUUAUGAGUUUGGAAAAGAAUAUUUCAAAAAUGGAUUGAUCACUUCUGAAGCAUCAAUUUGGAGGAAUCAUCGCAAACUUCUAGAUGUGGCCUUCACUCAGAAAGUUCUGGAUACAUUUGUUGAUGAAAUGAAUGCACAGACUCGGGUCUUAGUCACUAAUUUAAAUGCUCAAGUUGGUAAAGGACCAUUCGACGUGCGCCAUUACUUGAUAAAUUACACGUUGAAGACUGUCAGUCGGACAUCGCUCGGACUAGAAGCGAAAGACCAGACUAUGAUAGAUGAAACGUACGCUGAUGCAUUAGAAGAUUUGAUCAAAGUUUACUGUGAGAGAGCUCAGAAAAUAUGGCUGCACCUCUCUUGUAUCUACGAUAGAAGUUCUUUGAGAAAGAAACAGGACUAUCUGCUGAAGAUCAUGAAUAAGAUUAUAGAUACUGUAAUUGUAAGACGCAGAUCAGAUUUGAAGCUCAACAACUAUGAAUCUACACAAUGUGACAAAGCGAAACCAGGUAAAUUCAAACCAGCCCUAGAUCAAAUAUUACAGUUAGUUGAUGAGCAUCAUGUCUUCAGUGAUGAAGAGAUUCGAGAACACCUGGAUACGUUUGUGGCUGCUGCCUAUGAUACAACUUCUGGAACCCUUAUUUAUGUACUGUUAGCCAUUGGAUCACAUCCAGAAAUACAAGAGAAGAUUUUAAAAGAGUGA